AUGACCAAUACAACUCACGCCAGCCAUUUUGAUGGUCAAGUUGUGUCAUCCCAGCGUGAUUUCAUGCGGGAUCCUUCGCCAGUUGCAAUGUUCUCUAAUCAAGGCCAUAUAGUGAGAAAAUCACCCUCCACAUUUAACACUAGACGUGUUGCACGUGUCAGUGUGCGUCACAAAAGGGUUUUCACACGACAAUCCCACACGAGUUACGGAACUACGACUGGCACUGGAACGGGAACAUCCGCGAUAUCUACUACGACUCAGCUUUUGAAUCCUGCGCUGAUUCACUUUAUCUGUUCUCGACUACCAGAUCCAUGCGCUCGAGCUGCUUAUCUUCGGGAACAUGUCCGACACGAGUUAUGUUUAAAUAUUCCAUUUCUUUACGUGCUGCCUAAUACGACACUGGCCCAUGAUAGUCGAACACAUCAUCCAACCGAUUUAUAUGCAGCCCGAUCGGGUACGUGCCGAGAAAGUGGGACACACUCACUGAACUAUGUGAACUCGGAUAGCCUAUUUGAAGUGUUUCUCAGUUCACCGAACGUUUGUGUGCGUAGCCUUACCGUGGCAAAUCAGCAAAUUCGUGACCGGUUGGAACCGAUGUUUCAGGAAUUCGAUCGACUGUUGGAUAAAUCAUUUUGUAAAAAGCAUUCGGACCUAGAUUUGAAUGUGACCGGGGAAUUUCAAUGCGAAGAGUGUCGGGUGAGUGCUUCGUUCCUCUCGAUGUUUACCGGUGUAAUAUGA